AUGAGGAGCCCGCGAGAGCUGGCAGACCGAUCAAAAUAUUGCCGCUUCCAUCGGCAGCAUGGGCAUGACACUGAACAGUGUCGUGAGUUAAAAAGGCAGAUCGAGGAGCUCAUCCAUAGAGGGCAUCUCGGCCAGUACCUUCGACCAUACAAGGAACUUUCGCCAUGCCCGGAGGGCCCUAUCGAGCGACACAUUGAUGUGAUAGCCGGCGGCCCCGCGUUUGGCGGGGGCUCCAUGACGGGAAGAAAGGCUUACGCCAGAGCUGCCCCGACCGAAGCUCACGGGAACGGGCCCGAACCCGAGAUCACUUUCCCGACCGGAGCAUCCGAACAACCCGAGCACGACGCCGCGCUUGUGAUAUCGGCCAGGAUCGCCAACGCGCAAGUAAGGAGGAUCAUGGUCGAUACCGGGAGCUCAGCCGACAUACUUUACUUCGAUGCCUUCCAAAAGCUCGGCUUGGCUAGGGAGAACAUGAAGCCAAUGUGCUCGGCACUCACCGGAUUCACCGGAGAUUCGAUCUCACCGCUGGGAGCUAUCACCCUGCCCUUAACCUUGGGGACCCCACCGAGGUCGAAGACAGUAAUGACCACUUUUCUAGUGGUUGACCUCCCCACCGCGUACAAUGCCAUCCUCGGCCGACCAACCCUCAACAAGGAUACAACCAGAUCAAUGGUGCCCGAAGACCAAGAGCACACGGCCUUCCUCAUCGAUCAAGGGGUAUACUUUUAUAAAGUCAUGCCUUUCGGAUUGAAGAACGCCGGGGCUACGUACCAAAGAAUAGUGAACAAGAUGUUCGCCCACCAGAUCGGGCGAAACAUGGAAGUUUACGUCGCGACAUGA